AUGGCUUCUUGGAUCAAAAUAGACGACCUUCCCAAUCCUCCGGUUUCUAACGAGCGGGCUCCCUUGCGAAACGAUCCUGAGGCGCAAAAGAUCCCACUCGAUUCCCCGAGCACUCUCUCCUUCUGGUUACCUGUCGGAACUACUCAAUAUCAGGAUACCCAGAAAGAGAAAGCCUCUUCAGCAACUUCUGGCGAUGAUGAAACUAUGAAUACAAAUUAUAUUACUUCUAAGAAUCGCAACACUUUUUCGGCCCGGUCUGUUUCACCCUAUGCUGUUAGGGUACCGAAGGAGAGUGACUAUCCUGGCUCCCUUGAUAUCCCUUCGACCGUGGGGAGCGUCAAAGGAAAUAUUAUCAAAAAAGAUAUUUCUGAAAUGGCACCCGGUACUGGAGCGCCAAAAGACGAGAAGCUUCUAAAUUGA